CGCGGGGUGGCGACUGGCUCCCGGGUCUGAGGGGCUCCUGCUUGUCAGGUUCUAGCUCAUGUUUUCUGGCCAGACCUGUGGUCAUUCCCGUGAGACUUUACUGCACAUUUUCUCAAGUGUCUUCCUCAUCCCCAAUGUGUAAUCCUUCAACAUGGACCUGCUACUUUAGCUGAGAUAUGACCAGCAAUGAAUAGUAGUAAGAUAUGUGCUGAUUAGAAGGCUCACAGCGCAGUGUGGAGGAUAAGACAGUGCCUUACAAAAUGGGGUUUGGGAGUGACCUGAAGAAUUCACAUGAAGCUGUGCUAAAAUUGCAAGACUGGGAAUUACGGUUACUGGAAACAGUGAAGAAAUUUAUGGCCCUGAGAAUAAAAAGUGAUAAAGAAUAUGCAUCUACUUUACAGAACCUUUGUAAUCAAGUUGAUAAGGAAAGUACUGUUCAAAUGAAUUAUGUCAGCAAUGUAUCCAAGUCUUGGCUCCUUAUGAUUCAGCAGACGGAACAGCUUAGUAGAAUAAUGAAGACACAUGCAGAGGACCUAAAUUCUGGACCCUUACACAGGCUCACUAUGAUGAUCAAAGACAAGCAGCAGGUGAAGAAGAGUUUUAUAGGUGUUCAUCAGCAGAUAGAAGCAGAGAUGAUCAAGGUUACAAAGACAGAAUUAGAGAAAUUAAAAUCCAGCUAUAGACAGUUAAUAAAAGAAAUGAAUUCUGCCAAAGAGAAAUAUAAAGAAGCUUUAGCUAAAGGGAAAGAAACCGAAAAGGCCAAGGAACGAUAUGACAAAGCGACAAUGAAACUUCACAUGUUGCAUAAUCAGUAUGUAUUGGCAUUGAAAGGGGCACAACUUCAUCAGAAUCAGUAUUAUGACACCACACUUCCUUUGCUUCUGGACUCCUUACAAAAGAUGCAAGAAGAAAUGAUAAAAGCACUAAAAGGUAUAUUUGAUGAAUACAGCCAGAUAACCAGUCUUGUUACAGAAGAAAUAGUGAAUGUCCAUAAAGAGAUUCAAAUGUCGGUUGAACAGAUAGACCCUAGCACAGAAUAUAAUAAUUUCAUAGAUGUUCACAGAACAACAGCUGCUAAAGAGCAAGAAAUUGAGUUUGAUACUUCCUUACUAGAAGAAAAUGAAAAUCUUCAGGCAAAUGAAAUUAUGUGGAAUAAUUUAACAGCAGAAAGUUUACAAGUGAUGUUGAAAACUUUAGCAGAGGAACUUAUGCAGACACAGCAGAUGCUUUUAAACAAGGAGGAGGCUGUCUUGGAGCUAGAGAAGAGAAUUGAGGAAUCUUCUAAGACCUAUGAAAAGAAGUCUGAUAUUGUGCUUCUGCUAAGUCAAAAACAGACACUUGAAGAGCUGAAACAGUCAGUCCAGCAGCUGAGAUGCACUGAGGCAAAGUUUAUAGCACAGAAAGAAUUACUAGAGGAAAAAGUACAAGAAAAUGAUGGGAAAGAGCCACCUCCAGUAGUAAAUUAUGAAGAAGAUGCACGAUCAGUUACAUCUAUGGAAAGAAAGGAGAGGCUAUCCAAAUUUGAGUCUAUUCGUCAUUCAAUUGCUGGAAUAAUUAGGUCUCCAAAAUCGGCACUGGGCUCUUCAACAUUCUCUGAUACGAUCCCUGUAAGUGAGAAGCCCCUGGCAGAACAGGACUGGUACCAUGGAGCAAUUCCCAGAAUAGAAGCGCAAGAUCUAUUAAAACAGCAAGGAGACUUCUUGGUGCGAGAGAGUCAUGGGAAACCUGGUGAAUAUGUCCUUUCUGUAUAUUCUGAUGGACAAAGGAGACACUUUAUCAUACAAUUUGUUGAUAAUCUAUAUCGAUUUGAAGGCACUGGUUUUUCAAACAUUCCUCAACUCAUAGAUCAUCACUAUACAACAAAACAGGUCAUCACUAAGAAAUCAGGUGUAGUUCUGCUGAAUCCUAUUCCUAAGGAUAAGAAAUGGGUUCUCAAUCACGAAGAUGUCACAUUGGGAGAAUUACUGGGCAAGGGAAAUUUUGGUGAAGUAUAUAAGGGCAUAUUAAAGGAUAAAACUGCUGUUGCUGUUAAAACCUGUAAAGAAGACCUUCCUCAGGAACUGAAAAUAAAAUUUUUACAAGAAGCCAAAAUUCUCAAGCAAUACGAUCAUCCCAAUAUUGUCAAACUUAUAGGCGUUUGCACACAAAGACAGCCUAUCUACAUCAUUAUGGAACUGGUUCCAGGAGGUGAUUUCCUGUCCUUUCUGAGAAAGAAAAAGGAUGAAAUAAAGCUCAAACAAUUAGUGAAGUUUUCAUUAGAUGCUGCUUCUGGUAUGUCCUAUCUCGAGAGUAAAAACUGUAUACACAGGGAUCUUGCUGCAAGAAACUGCCUGGUAGGUGAAAAUAACAUUCUGAAAAUCAGUGACUUUGGAAUGUCUCGUCAAGAGGAUGGUGGAGUGUAUUCAUCUUCUGGCUUAAAACAGAUUCCCAUUAAAUGGACAGCACCAGAAGCUCUUAAUUAUGGGAGAUACAGUUCUGAGAGUGACGUGUGGAGCUUUGGCAUCCUCCUCUGGGAGACAUUCAGCUUAGGGGUCUGCCCAUACCCUGGAAUGACAAAUCAACAAGCCCGGGAGCAAGUGGAAAGAGGGUACCGAAUGUCAGCCCCUCAGCAUUGCCCAGAGGACAUUUUCAAAAUUAUGACGAAGUGCUGGGAUUAUAAACCUGAAAACCGCCCCAAGUUCAGUGAACUUCAGAAAGAGCUCACUGUCAUCAAGAGGAAAAUCACACAGUGAUGGAGCAGUGCCAACAGCCUCUAGGACCUGGUCCUCCAACAGAGUGACACUGUUCUUGUUAACAAUGAGUUUAUACCACAUUACCUGCAACAGUCUUCUAAGGUGAUUUUUGUUAUUAACUGUUUUUUUUAAGUAUG